CAACAGAGGGCCCUCAGCAACAGAGGGCCCUCAGCAACAGAGGUCUCUAACCUCACAGGGUUCUAACAGAUCCUUCACCAUCUCCAUCUUUUCUGACCCUGGCCUCAGCUCACCCCACUCCUGGGUCGGACUGCAGCCUUCAGCUUCUCUCCUGCACACGGGAGAGAGCCAGUCAGCUCUCCUCAGCUGUAUGUCUUGACCUGCAUCAUGAAGCCUGAGGAAAUUUCAAGAGGAAAAGCUUUUGGACUGCUGAAGGCCCAGCAGGAGGAGGGGCUGGAUGAGAUCAACAAGCAAUUCCUGGACAAUCCCAAAUACAGCGGUGAUGAGGACCUGCCCUCCAAACUGGAAGCCUUCAAGAAGAAGUACAUGGAGUUUGAUCUGAAUGGAAAUGGAGAUAUUGAUAUUAUGUCCUUGAAGCGAAUGCUGGAGAAACUCGGGGUCCCCAAGACCCACCUAGAGCUAAAGAAAUUAAUUAGAGAGGUGUCCAGCGGCUCCGAGGAGACGUUCAGCUACUCCGACUUCCUCACCAUGAUGCUGGGGAAGCGAUCCGCCAUCCUGAGAGUGAUUCUGAUGUAUGAGGAAAAAAGCAAAGAACACCAGAAGCCAACUGGUCCCCCAGCCAAGAAAGCCAUUUCUGAGUUGCCCUAAUUGGAGGUGGAUGUGGUGCCACUGAAGGGGUGGCUGAUGACGGCAGCAUGGGGGGAUAAAAGAAGAAGCUGUGAGCCAGAGUCAAAAUAAAUAAAUAACGUUCCCCUCCCA